AUGACCAAGGAAAGAAGAAAUAAUGGCCAUGUUGCAAAGGGUCACAUGUAGCCUAUUUGUGGCACCAGCUAUGCCCACUGCAUGCCCAAGGACAGGGCCAUUAAGAAGUUCCUUUUAUUUCCUUUUAUUCAGAACAUAGUAGAGGCCACCACUGCCAGGGACAUUUCCAAAGUGAAUAUCUUAGUUGCCUAUGUGCUUCCCAAGCUGUAUGUGAAGCUACAUUACUGUGGGAGUUGUGCCAUUCAUAGAAAAAUGGUCAGGAAUUGCUCUGGUGAAGCACAAAAAGACCAAACACCCCUACCCAGAUUUAGACCAGCUGGUGCUUCCCCACAACCUCCACUGAAGUCCAUGUAA